UUUUACCGAAUACGGAUUGCGCAAGAAACGCGUUUCUGUUUGACUUGCACAACCGUUUGAUGUCGCCUAGUGCGAUCAUAUAAUCUGCCUCCGAGGACUUGAGUCGUUUUGGACCAAAACAAAUAAAAUUAAAAUAAAUGCACAGUUUGCCAUUCGUCAAAGUCACAUCAAUGACGCUAUUUGUGAACAAUUUCACCUCUCCACGUGUUAAAAAUGUCGGCGUGAGGUUGAAAAGGGAGCAUUGUGCGCGGCCUCACUGGCAUCAUGUGUCGGCGGAGGCGAUGCUCCCUCAACGCCAUUGUUGCAAAUUCCUUGUUUACCAGAUUGCGCCUGAGCAAGUGGUUAACCUGUGCGAAAACUAGCAGUGGAAUUCCAAGGCUUGUUUGUGUGCAUCCAUUUUAUACACACACGUUGCUUUUGUUUGUUGGCCGUCUGGAUCAUCCGGGAUGAGAACCGACUAAAGAGAGGGUGCGGAGUCUUAGCUCGCCAUCUGAAUGCCAAGUAGUAAAUGAACAAGUGACCAUUUGGUAGGCAAGUCAUUUCUAUUCAACCCAGAUUCUCCCUUGUGCUCGUCAUCUCUCUUUACUCAAAGCACCCAGCUGGAUCACAUUGUCCACUAACCUCCCAAGGCCUUCCAGACGGAGUUUCUAUGUUCACAGGAUCCAGAAUCUUCACUCUCCUCAAACCAGUCCCUCCACCAGCCGCUGAAAUAUCAGCACUCCUCCCAAACUCUUGACUACCCGUACCGUCUUCUCCAAAUCUACAUCUCACCUGCCCUUGGAUUCUUGGUUUGCAAUCCCAAGUCUUCUGCAGGUGUCCUCCUACACCCUUGUAGGGGCGCACCCAUGGCCUCUCCCAAAUUGGGCCUGUCAGCCACUACCACCUCCUCGUCUUCAUCAUCUUCUUCAUCCAUGUGUCCUCCACAUCCUGGAAGCCCCAGCCGGGUGCCCGAGGGUCCUCCAAGUCCUGUUACUCCGACACCUAGUCCAGGAGUGGCAUCCACCUCAGCUGCUCCCACUCGGGCCCAAUUGAGUCUGACUGUGAUAUUAGAGGAGCUGCGGGUGCUUCAGCAAAGGCAGAUUAACCAGAUGCAAAUAACAGAGGAGAUCUGCAGACAGGUACUACGUCUGGGUGGGGCAUCUUACUCUAUAGAUAUGCCUUCCCAGCAUCUUCUCCCACCCCUACCUCAACUCUGUCUGGAAGACAAAAGGGCGAGCAGCCCAACUACCCAAACGACCGCAACCCAGCCUUCCACAUCCGUCGCUCCUCUUCUGGCAUGCUUUUCAACCUUACUUCCCUCUCAGGUGGCCAACAAACCUUCAAAAUCAAGCAAUGCCUUGUCUCAAAUCCUGCAAACAUGCAAGCCCCAGAUGGAAGGCGCAGGCGGGAAUGCAGGGCCAAAUAGUUACGUGAGAGUGAGCACACACUCUUCAGGCCAUUCCUCAUCUUCAACUGCUGCCAUGACUUCCUCCACUUAUCCACUUGCUUUAUCCUUGGCUCUACCUAACCACUAUUUUAAUGAGAAAUCUCCAAAUGAUAUCUCAAUGAGUGAGCACUGUGGCAAGUCCUAUUUAAAUGCGGCCCUGUCGUCAGUAUCCCCAAAUGCACAAUAUGCUUUGCAAUCUCUCUCUGGAGGGGUAAACCCUUCAUCUACCUCUUCCUCCAGCAGUACUAGCCGGCUCCAGCAUGCCUGCCGUUUUUGUGGAAAGAUCUUCAAUGGGGACUCAGCCCUGCAGAUACAUCUGCGUUCACAUACCGGGGAGCGGCCCUAUCAGUGUCCUGUGUGUCUCAGUCGCUUCACCACCAGAGGCAACCUCAAAGUGCAUUUCUUACGCCACCGUGAGCAAAACCCAGAGCUUUCGCUUUCACUCCUUCCACCAUCUUUGUUUGGAGUGGCUUUGCGGGCACCUGGGUCCACAGAUAUGGGUCAAACUAGUGGCAGUGGUUGUAACACUAGUGCUUUGAAGAUGUCAGAAAAGAAGCCAAAAGGCAGAACUGAGAAUGAAGUCUAUGGAAAUGAUUUGGAGCUCAACGGUACCAAUAGUGGGUUCCCUCUUGGGGCAUCAGGGGGUUCCACCCCUUGUACACUACCACUGCCUCCAAGUGUAGAUCUGGCCUUGAUUUCACAUUCCUUGCUUCAACUUAAUAGGGCAGCAGCUGUAGCUGCUGCAGUCUCCAUUGCCUCUGGCUCGUCUUACUCAUCCCCCUCCACCUCCUCAGCCCCCUCUUCUUCACUAGCCACCUCCUUACUUUCAAAUCCAACGUUAUCGUCAUCGUCUGCAAUCACAGGAUUGCUCAAGGGUACAAAAAACUCAAAUCACGCUGAUGAAAACAGCCCCCCUCAAGCUCCCAUACUUUCUCCUGCAGCAGCUUACUCCCAGUUAGCCGACCUGCCUAAGCUUCUUUUCCCAUCUGGCUCCUCCAGCUCUCCCUCAAGUGUCACACACUCAACACUGCAUCCAGCUUUGGGGAUGCUCUGCAAGCCGUUACCCUCAAAUACAGGUUCCCACCGACCAGCUUCUUCCAGCUUUUCACAGAUCACUUUCCCUUUCUCUCCCUUUCAUAAACCUGCUACAACCAUACCGUCCUCAAUAGCUAUCUCUACACCUACAUCUGAAACCUCCAAGCUGCAAAGGCUCGUGGAGAAGCUGGAAAAGAGACCUUCUCAGUCAACCUCUUCAUGGACUUCCACCUCCACAAUGGAGGUGCAAUCAAGCAAUACCACAGCCUCUCCUGCAAGUUCAGUUAAUGGUAAUUUCAUAAACACCAGCACUUCUACUACAUAUAUGAUGGCAGCUCCACCCUCCUCUACUCCUGUCUCCACAUCUGUUUCAAAGUUCACCUGUCAGAUGGUUGCUGCCCUUGGUAUGGGUGUCAAUAAUGCAAGUGCCAUUGCAGGGGGGUUGCUACCAGCACUGAGCAUUACAGGUACAGCCAAUAACUUGGCAACCAAUCAAUGUGGUGUGUGUCUUCGGGUUCUGAGUUGCCCCAGAGCACUGCGCUUACACCAAGCCACGCAUCUUGGAGAACGCCCUUUCCCGUGCAAGUUGUGUGGAAGAUCCUUCUCAACCAAAGGCAGCCUUCGAUCACAUCUGGCAACACAUCAUGCUCGACCGCCCAACGCUCGUGUCCACAACUCUUGCCCGCUGUGCCAACGUAAAUUCACCAAUGCUCUUGUACUUCAACACCAUAUUCGUAUGCACCUUGGUGGUCAACUGCCCCCAGUAGGCAUUGACAAUUCUACCUGUGAGAUGGUAUCGGAAUCUAAUGCUAAAUCUUUGUCACAAUCUGAAUCCAGCUCUAGUGAACAAAACACUGCCCCUGGUAAAACACCUCAACCCAGCAACAUAAAGAGCCUGUCCCCGAAUUCACAACAUCAAAAUGUAGAAACUGACUCAUGUCCUAUUUCUGACAGUAAACCUGUUGAAUACACUGCAACUACUAACAAAUCUGGCUCCUCUAGCCCAGACAUCAACCCCCCCAAUGAUCUUAGUCCCGAUCCCUUCAUGAAUAACAUAACGCAAGCUCCACCGUCAACCACUGAUGACUCGCCUUUUCUUUGUGCAAGUGCGCCCCUGCCAUUCACCCAGCAAACUGAAUUUGAAGAGUUUUCCAUUGUUGACAGUGAUGACCAAAUUGAGCAACCUGCCAGGAAUCAGUUCUCCAAACCAACCUCACCUGUUAGUCAAACCAGUGCAUUGCAUAAUGUUAUGGCCAUGGACUGUGAGGAAACUUCUUCUUUAGUCGAUCCAUCCAUUGUCCCCAGAUCAAACCACCAGGAUCUACAAAGCACACCUGCAAAUUGUGCCCCCUUUGAUUAUAGCUGUUCAAGUACAAUUUCUUCUUCAACACAGAAUCAAAAUGUUACUACGGCUGCAGACACUCCAGCCCUGGAAUCAGGCUCAGUCUCCUCCAGGGUCCAAACACCUGAACCCACACAAGAGGACAGAGAUCAGUUUUGUACUCCAACAAUCCCAACACAAGCAAAAGUUCCUGAGGAAUACCCCAAAAUGAUGUCAGCCUCAGAAAGUGCAGACAGUAGUCAAGGAAGUGAUGUGCAUAGGGCUUCCACUUUCACAAGGCAGGCAGGCCAGAACUUUAAUUUUGACUCAUAUGAGAAAGAUGACCACAUAGAGAAUAUGAAUAAGAUUAUUGGAUCUACUCCAAGUGAACCACCAGAGAUUUCUGUUCCUCUCAGCCUAGCCCCAACUCUCCCAUCUCCAAUAGCUCGACCCGAGAAGAAGACCUAUUGCUGUGCUGAAUGUGGAAAAGCGUAUGCUAGUCGCAGCGGACUAAAGGGGCAUAUGAAGCACCAUGGUGUAGUAACCAAAGCGACCCGUCCUUUAGCCCGCAGUAGUCGUUCAUGUGCUGACCAACCUCAGUCAACUACAUCAAAAGGUUCCUUGACUAUUCCGGCGCCCACAAGUGCAGCAGGUUUUUGGAACCAAUACCAAGCCUUCCUCAACACCAGUCCUGGGUCAACUGAUGAUUCUGCUCCUGCCAGCCAAGAAAUAAAUGAGUAUGCAAAAUCUCCUUUGCAAUCUGAGCUGGAUAAGACUGUUCCCAAUGAAGUGGCAGAUGAAUUCAGUUCAGGGUCAUAACUUGACUCUGUUUGAAUGGCUGAAUAGCGCAUCCUUACUGCAUUUCAUGUAGCCUGUCAGUUUGAUAGUUACAGUAAUGAUAUGUUUGUACGUGAACUUGUGAGUCAAUGAGUUUUGGUCUUAUUGCAAAAACAGACAUACUGUAUAUCACACAAAUUAAAAUAUUCAAGUAAAUCUGUUGUUAGUAAUUGCUGUGACGGGACUGUUGUUGACUAACUAAGCAUAUAAAUGUUGUACGUCAGAUCUGGUUUUGUUUUCCACUGGACACUGAAAGGUAAUGUCUACCUCAGGUAUGGUAUUCAAACCUGACCUAUUACCAAGAGGCUCAAACAAAAGAGACUUCCUUCAGAAAUAAUUUCACUUCGCAAUAACAAACCAGACCAACAGUAUGCAUUUCUGUCUGGAGUAUUGUGUCAUUUGGUCCCUAUGUUCUGAUUCAUAUCCAGUACAAUAAUGCAUUGUGAAGUAACCAGAAGCACAGCUGCAGUGUUUGUGAAUCUACUGAGGACAAGAACAAUAUGAAUGUUGUUUGGUGCAAAAGUAACCUGUGGCAUAAGCCACUAAAACUAUAUAAAGUUCAUGUUUGAUGUGAUCUGGACAUUCAUUAUCUCUGUAUUAAAAAAAUUAGA